AUGACAUCGCGGCUAGCUCAGUUGAGUAAACAGAUCUUCAACAUGGCUGCCAAGACCAAAACCGACAUCCACUUGUACACCACCGGUACUCCCAAUGGUAUCAAGGUGUCCAUUCUCCUGGAGGAGCUCGGCCUGGAGUACCAGGUCACCCCCAUUGACAUUUCUAAGAACACGCAAAAGGAGCCCUGGUUCCUGGAGAUCAACCCCAAUGGACGUAUCCCGGCCUUAACCGACAAGUUUGAGGACGGCAAGCAGAUCCGCUUGUUUGAGUCGGGAAGUAUUCUUCAGUACCUCGUUGACCGCUACGACAAAGACCACAAGGUCUCUUAUCCCUAUGGCUCGCGCGAGUACUGGGAGGUGAACAACUGGCUGCACUGGCAGAUGGGUGGCCUGGGUCCCAUGCAGGGACAAGCCAACCACUUUAAGCGCUACGCCCCAGAGAAGAUCCAGUACGGCAUCGACCGCUACACCAACGAGACGCGCCGGCUGUACCGCACCAUGGACACGGCGCUCGCGGCCAACCCGAGCGGCUACCUCGUCGGCGACCGCGUCACCAUCGCCGAUAUCGCCAGCUGGGGCUGGGUGGCGGCGAGCAAGUGGGCGGGCAUCGACCUGGACGAGUUCCCCGCGCUCAAGGCGUGGCUGUGGAAGCUGGUCGAGAGGCCCGGCUUCGAGCUGGGCCGCCACGUGCCGUCCAAGCACACGGCGUUGGAGCACUUUAAAAAGAGCGACGCGGAGCUCGACGAGCAGGCCAAGGGCGCUGCUGCGUGGAUUCAGCAGGGGAUGAAGGAUGACGCGGUGAAGAAGUGA